UGUGAAAUAACAUUACCUUACCUCAAAAUUAGCUAUAUUUUUCUGAGUGUAUCAAUCCGAAAAUCAACAUUUUAUGCUUUGUUUUCCUCAUUCUCCUUCGUAUAAUCAAUUAUGUAGCCCUUCUUGAAUUACCAAACUCUUUAAACCAAAACUAUAAACAUGCUUAUGAAAGAGUAUCGAAUUUGUAUGCCUCUCACUGUGGAGGAGUACAAAACUGGCCAGCUUUACAUGAUAGCACGGCACAGUCUGGAACAAUCCGAUGCAGGAAAUGGUGUCGAAGUGAUCGAAAAUAAAGAAUGUGAACAUUCAGAAUAUGGCACCGGGCAGUAUACCGAAAAACAUAUCCAUCUAUCGAGCCGCGUGGUCCCGACCGAGUGGCAAUGAAACGAAGGGUUUCAAAUUGCACUAUCGUUUGAGGGCCAUUGCCAACUGAAUAUUUGACAAUGCAUUUUUACAAAACCAAAGUGUGAUUCUCCCGCUGUCUCAUUCACUUACAUGAUUAUUAUAGAAUAAGAGUAGGAUAGAAUUAAGCUGAACAAACUGUGUAAAUCCAUAUAAAUAUCCGACAUCAAUAAACGAGAGACAAUUGCUUUUGAGACCUUCUACAAGCUUAACUCGCGAGUUUGAGAUCCUACUAGUGGAUACCGUUUGGUGCUACCUUUCUGGUCCACUGUAGGAUACCUUAUAAGUCAAAAGAAAGCCUCUACAAGAUUCUCAAGCUAACAGUAAACUUUUUGAACAGUACAUGGCGACCGUCCGAGAUGCGAAGCCUGCCUAAAGUGAAAAAAAAAUAAAUAAAUGAAGUGAAGUGCGAUAAUGACGAUUACUAAAAUAAAUGAAACAUUAAGAAGACUAAAACCCGCGAGUGAAGUGAAUUUACCAAUCCUUAUAGACACAAAUAUAAAAAGCAUUUCUAGCCUGUUGAAAGCGCUAGAGGAAAAACAAUAUGUGGAAGUGAUAAAAAAGUUCAAAAAUUCGUGUGCAGUAAAAAUUACCGAGAAAUUCAACAUGGUAAAUGUACUGAAACAUCCCAUACCCACCAAAGCAAAAAACAUUCGAGCACACGCAAAAAAGUUAAUGCCCAUUGAACAUGGACAACUAAUAUUAACUACGAGUAGAGGCGUAAUGUUACAACAACGAGCAAUGUCAGAACACGUCGGUGGUCAAAUCAUCGCGUUCAUAUGUUAAGUGCAUUUUGAAUACAAUAGUCUCUUCGUCGACGACGGAAAAGUGAACUAUUUUGGUGUCACAAUUAUUAGCAAGUGGUACAAAACGAUGCAGCGACCUAUACAGUGAGACAGUGAGAUAAAUCAAAAGUGAGCAAUGGGGCUAAUAAGUUCAAAAAAGAAACAAGACAAUACUGGCGACGCCCAGGUAACCAUUUUAAACAGUUUGGAACAGCACACGCUGUUCCAUGAAAAUAGCGAAUUUCUCCUAUGGAUAAUACUGGCCAUACUAUUGGUAUCGGCUGGUUUGAAAACAUAUGAACAGUACAAAAAGUGCACGCGCGCCGAGGCCCUCAAAGCUGCGAGGUCAGUUGCAGCAUUACAAGUGUGAAAAAACAUCGUGUUAUGUGAGAAACGAAGAUACUGUGAAGUCAUCGAAGUGGCUAAACCAAUGGCUUAUACGAAAAGCCUCUCGCACCGAGGGAGGCCCAGCAGACACCACGGAUAACCCACUGCUUGAUCGCACCGAUAAGCAGGUCACAACCGGUAAGGAAGGAUAUCAACACACCAAUGUGACAACUCUAAACGCAUCAAGCAACAAGGUAAAAGAAAUGAAAGACAAAUGUUUAUAACUACAUAAAUUUAAGAGAUAUGUUUUAAUGGAAGCACAAAUACUAGAACUAGAGGACAAAAUAUUAGUGCUAAAAAAUUUGCAAUCGCACUUAAAGAAAAAUCCUAAUAGGAAAUUCCUACAAACUACAUUAUUAUCAAAACAAAGCCUACUAAAAAUAACCUACAACGAAGUGAUUGUAAAAUUAGCUAAAAUUGAAGAGCAAUUAUCAUUAACACAGCUCACAUACUAUACGAAAUUAGCAAGGUCAUUAUACGACGAAAUUUAUGUAAUUAUUACCCAAAAACUAACCUACUCCCCAGAGAGGAGAAUUAAGUUUAAAUCGCUAGUAAACGCAGUGAUAUUUUGUAAUCGUACAAAAUUAUUAUACGAAUCUAAAAUGGCUAGCGUAGUAGAAAUAAUAAAGGUAAUCACGUCCCUGGUUCCACCUUACGAUGGAAAACCAGAUAAACUUAAUAACGUAAUAUCGUCGUUGCAGGCGUGUAAGCCACUGAUCAACAACGAUAAUAAUGCAGCAGCAAUACAAACAAUCCUUUCACGUAUGGAAGGAAAAGCACGAGCUGCAAUAACAGAAACUCCAAACAGUAUCGACACCAUCAUAACAAAACUGAAAGAAAAAUGCCAAAUUUCAGUCGAGCCGAACACGUUAAUCGCGAAACUAAAUGCAACUAAGCAGAGCGACAGUUUCGUUAAAUUCUCAGAGGAAAUUGAAAAACUAACUCUCAAUUUGGAACGUGCGUAUUUAAACGAAAACGUUCCACUAGAAACGGCUACAAAACUUGCCACGAAUGCUGGAUUAAAAGCAUUAUCAACUGGCGCUAGAAACAACGAAAUAAAACAACUACUUAAAUACAGAGAAUUCAACUCUCUAACCAAAGCAAUAGAAAAGGCUUCAGAGAUAGAAUCUGAAAAAUUACUAAGUGAUUCAGCAAAAGUAUUCGCUUACAAUAAACGAAACAAUAACAGUGGACCAGAAACAAAUAAGUAAAGUAACAAAUCAACAAUAGAACAAGAACUUACAGCGAUACAUUGGGCAAUUACAUACUUCAGACCAUAUCUUUACGGACGGAAAUUUACAGUAAAGACUGACCACAAUCCAUUAGUACAUUUAUUUAGUAUGAAAAAUCCAUCAUCUAAGCUGACACGAAUGAGACUUGAUUUAGAGGAAUUUAAUUUCGAUAUCGAACACGUAAAAGGGAAACAAAAUGUCGGGCCUGACGCUCUUUCGCGUGUCGAAAUCAAUCUUGAAGAUCUUAAAACAAUGUCGAUCUUGCCAGUACAAACCAGAUCUAUAACCAAAGAUAAACCACAAGCUCAAGUUAAUGAACAAAUAGAUAAUAAGACUGAUCACCUCAGAGCCUAUGAUUCUAUUAACAAUAUUGAUGCUUUUGAUAUACCUAAAGUAACAUUUGAACUAAAUAACACUGAAAUUAAUAUUUACAUCAAAAAUAAAAACCUGAAAAGAAUUCUUGCUCGAGCGCAACUAUUCUAUUACAAAGGUAUGAUAAAUUUUAUAGAAUGCAUACAACUUAUAAACGAUAUGGCCAAAACAAUGAACUUAAAGAAAAUUGCAAUCAGUGUAAAGGAUCCAAUAUUUAACAUCCUUCCCGGGAAUGGAACAUUGAAUGAAGCAAAUAAUACUACAUUGAAUGGAAUAGAAACGUUUAAAAAAAUAUGCAAUGAUAAUUUAAGUGACGUCACGAUAAUUUUAUACGUCCCAGCUAAAGUGCUGAAGGAUGAAAACGAAAUACAACGAUUAAUAAAAGAAAACCACGAUACCCUUUUAGGAGGCCACGUCGGUAUUAACAAACUAUUACAAAAACUAAGAAGAAAUUACUUUUGGAAAAAUAUGAAAGACACAAUCACCACUUACGUUAAAAAUUGUGUUCGAUGUAAAUUAAACAAACACACAAUUAAAACAAAAGAAGUAUUCGAGAAAACUUCAACACCAAUUAAAGCAUUUGACCUUGUCUCAAUGGAUACAGUAGGUCCAUUAACAAGAUCAAAUAGAGGAAAUCGUUACGCAUUAACAAUACAAUGCGAUCUAACGAAAUAUAUUAUAACAUUACCAAUAAUAGAUAAGCAAGCAAAAACCUUAGCUAAAGCAGUAGUCGAAAACCUUAUUUUAAAACAUGGUUGCCCAAAAGCAAUAAAAACUGAUAUGGGCACCGAGUAUAAAAAUGAAGUAUUCAAAGAAAUAUGUACAAUGCUUUCAAUAGACCAAAAAUUCUCAACAGCAUAUCACCCAGAAACUAUAGGAGCCUUGGAACGAAGCCAUCGUUGUUUGAAUGAAUAUCUUAGACAAUUCAUUAACGAACAACAGGAUGACUGGGAUUCAUGGCUACCAUUUUUUACCUUUUUCUACAACACUACGCCACAUACAGAACAUACUUUUUCACCAUUUGAACUAGUUUUCGGAAAUCAAGCAAAUUACCCCACAGAACUAAAAAAUACAACAAUCGUAGAUCCAGUUUAUAACCAUGACUCAUAUCAUAAAGAACUAAAAUUUAAAUUACAAUUAGCUGCUCAAAAGGCCAAAUUUCUAUUAGAUAAAUCAAAGCUUCAAAGAAUAACAAAACAGUCAGAACAGGCAAACCGAAUUAACAUACAAUUAGGAGACAAAGUUUGGUUAAAAAGAGAAAAUCGUAGAAAACUUGAUUCGGUGUAUACAGGGCCUUUUGAGAUUGUGAAAUUAAGCAUCCUAACGUGACUAUCAAAAACCAAAUAUCAAAUGAUGAACAAAUUGUACAUAAAAAUCGUAUAAUUAAACAGUGAUUAGAAUAAGUAGAACCGAGCCUAACCUCGAAAAAAAAGAGAAAAAAUAAUAAUAAUAAUAAAGAGGUAGGCCCUGUGCUAGAUGUAAGAAAUUCGGUAUUAAACUUAAAAUUAGAAAAAAUAUUCAAAACACUCAAUUUACAACAACAAAAAAAGAUGAAAGCAAGUUUAUAAAAGUAGAAAUUUACACUAUUACUUUUAAACACACAAUUUAUAGAGGCAACUGGAGAAUCCUUUUUAGAAUGAUUUCAUUUCAUUUCACUCCAUUACACCAUUCUUCCAAAGAGGGAAGGUGUCAUGGGCUAAAAACCCCUGUAAUACAACACAUCAAUAAAUUAUCCAAAAUGCCAUCCGCCCUGUAAAAUAUAAACAAAUAUUGCAUAAGCAAAUUAAAUUACGUCCAUAUGCGUCAGCAACAAGUGCAGUCCUCGACCUAUGUUAAAUUAUCUCUUUCCCCUUACUUCCAGCCGCGUGGUCCCGACCGAGUGGCAAUGAAACGAAGGGUUUCAAAUUGCACUAUCGGUUGAGGGCCAUUGCCAACUGAAUAUUUGACAAUGCAUUUUUACAAAACCAAAGUGUGAUUCUCCCGCUGUCUCAUUCACUUACAUGAUUAUUAUAGAAUAAGAGUAGGAUAGAAUUAAGCUGAACAAACUGUGUAAAUCCAUAUAAAUAUCCGACAUCAAUAAACGAGAGACAAUUGCUUUUGAGACCUUCUACAAGCUUAACUCGCGAGUUUGAGGUCCUACUAGUGGAUACCGUUUGGUGCUACCUUUCUGGUCCACUGUAGGAUACCUUAUAAGUCAAAAGAAAGCCUCUACAAGAUUCUCAAGCUAACAGUAAACUUUUUGAACAGUACAAUAUGGAGUUCCAUGGUGUCCAAACUAUUAGGACAAUAUCCCGGGAAGUAGCAACGCGGGAUAGUUAUUUCUUUUAGAUGAGACAAAGUUGUCGUCCACCGCUGCCAUCGAACGAAGUUGGUUGCAGAAAUGGCGUCGUCCCAUCCAGUACCACUUUUCCAGACUUCUUGGAUGAUUAUUUUCCCGUGGAUCACUAGCAUCGUUAUCAACCCCAGAGGGUCGAACACGCUCAUAACCACUCGGAGGAUCUGACGUUUCGUUGGAACUAUCUUUUCUUCGAGUAGGCCCCGUAACUCAUUGCGUAGUACCAAUGAAAACCUGAAGACAUCUUCGUCGGGAAUCCAGGAUAUUCCCAACACGCGCUCGCAUCCAUUACCCUUAUCCAGGGUAAAUGUUCUCACUGAUUCUCCCGAUCCGUUCCCAAUUUGGUUAACUACUUCUGUCUUAUUCGAAAGCCAAUUCCGGAUCUCGAAUCCGGCUCUUCCAUGGACCAGCUUUACGUCGUUGGCAACGGUGAUAGCUUCGUUGAUGGUAUCAAAGCUGUCGAGGUAGUCGUCGACAUAAUGGCUCCGGAUGAUUGCUUGCGCCGCCCUUGGGUACGUCUUCUCGUGCUCUUUUGCAUUCAAGUUCUUGACGAAUUGUGAACUGCACGGGGAACACGCGGAGCCGAAUACCGCCACGUCCAUUACGUAAGUGUCAACAGGUUGCGUAGGAUCGUCUCUCCAGAGAAAUCUCUGUGAGUCUCGAUCAGCGCCACGAAUCAAAACCUGGUGAAACAUCUCUUUGAUGUCACCACUAAUCGCCACCUUCCGUUGGCGGAAACGACUGAGAACACCAGGAAGAGAUGUGAGGAGAUCUGGUCCUUUGAGGAUCAUACUGUUGAAAGACACCUUCUCCGAUUUCGCCGCCGCAUCCCAGACGAUACGGACUUUCGCUGGUUUCUUUGGGUUCUCCACAAAACCCAGGGGAAGGUACCAAACUCGACGAGGAUCAGCGGACCACAAUUCUUCCUCCGUGAUGAUAUGGGCAUAGCCCUUGAGUUGAUAGUCCUUCAGUUGUUGUCUGAUGUUUUCAUAGACUGUUGGUUUACCCGGCAGCUGCCGUUCUAAACACGAGAGACGUCGUGUCGCCAUAGGUAAACUGUCAGGAAACUCGAUAUAAUCGGAGCGCCACAAAAGUCCUGUCUCGAAACGCCCCGUAGAUGUUCUGUGGGUUGUUGCUUCCAAUAUCGUACGAGCUCGGUAAAUGUCAGCAGAUUCAAGUAAAGGUGUAGCACGGACACCUGCGCUUUCCACAUCAAAAAAGUUUUGUACCAGGUUGUGCAGCUCAUCUUCCGAAGAACGUGUGCACACAUGAACGUAACGCUGUCUAUUGAACGUUAUGGUUCCUGGUAAGCUACCAUAUAUCAUCCAACCUAAUCGGGUCUUCGCCGCCACCGGUUCACCUGAUUUUCCUUCUUUAAUCUUCAAGCUGGCACACAGACGCGUGUUGUUCAAACCAAUCAAUAACUGCGGUGUUACACGUUGAUAAUCUUCUAUCGCUAAACCUUGGAGAUGCUGGAACCUUUCCUGCAACUCACUGUAUACCAUCGUCUGCGUUGGAAGUUUCAAAGAUGAUACUGUGUGGACAUCCUUCAAGGCGAAUUCCUUGGCCUUUCCACGACCCGAGAUUCGGAGCUGUAGUAUUUGUGAAUCAGGUUCUGCGCGGGUCACACCACUCGUCCACUGCAUACACAACGGUUGCAGCUCGCCAUUGGCGUUCAGUUUCUUCGCCAAGUCUUUAUCCACCAGAGUGAGUUCUGAUCCGUCAUCCAAGAACGCAUACGUGCUCACUUGAACAUUUUUGCCAUGAAGUGUAACGGGAAUCAAACGAAACAACGUGGAACCAUUUUCAUCACAAUGAAGGGAUACGGUGCCCAUGGGCGUUGAUUUUUUUUCUUGUUUGAUUUCACAGGUCGAUUUCACCGAAUGGAACAGCCUGUGGUGUCGGUACUCACAUCCGUCUAUUCCGCACACAUUACUUUUGCAUGGCCGCUUUCCGUGAGACGUAAGACAUCGACGGCAUAAACUGUUUUGCUGGACCAAUUUCCAACGGGUGUCGACAUCUAGUUUUCGGAACUCGAAACAAUCCUUCGUUUUGUGCCCAGCUUUCUUGCAGAUAGGACACGGUUUAGGAUUGAAUUGUUCAUCUGCAGAGGUGGAAGAAUCACCCACAACCGAAUGACUGUUGAUAUAGCCCCUAUCCUUACGCUUCUCGCUAUUGGGCUCAGUCACGACCACUACAGGUGAAACCACAUGACUUACUGCAGAAACUAGUGACGUCAUGAAACUGGAAAAAGUUGCUACAUCAGGUGCUUCAACACGGCUUUGGUAUAACGCCCACUCCAGACGAAUGUUGGAAGGAAGUUUCUCUACAAGUUCUUGGAGAAGCGUGGGAUUCUUCAUAUGAUUUUCUAGACCAACUGCUUGCAAAUGAGCACAUAAGUUUUGCACAACAAGACCGAACCCUAUCAAACUGUCGAGUUUAUCCACUUUUGGUGCAGGAGUUGAUCUUGCUUUAGUCAGCAGAGUGUUGGCAAUCAACUCCGGCCUGCCAUAUAGCAUGUAUAGCGUAGACAAUACUUGAGGAAGUGUCGAUGGGUGGAGGAGGAAACUUUUCACAGCUUCCCGAGCUUUGCCUUGAAGGCACCGUUGAAGGCGCAUCAGAUUUUCGGAGUCCGAAUAGCCACACAUUUGAGUAGUGUUAUUGUAGCUUGAUAUGAAUAUGGGCCAGUCGGACGGGUCUCCAUUGAACCAAGGUAAUUCCUUUGGAACCACGUUGCGUGCCUGUAACUGCUGAACAUUAGGUCCAUACAGUUGUUGAGAUCCUGUAGCUACAGGCGCGAGAGACGGGAGGACAACGGGGGUCUGGUAGUCAGGAACAGUAGCAGUAGGCACAUGACCAUAAUUUGGAACCAUAUACCUGUCGUUAACGUGCUGGGGUGGACCAAUUACCUUACCAAAAUGUGUUCUUAAGGGAUUAGAGGGCGGGUGUGUAUAGAUUAAAUGAGUGUUUUGUGUAGAGCAGUGUAUUUCUUGAGCAGAUUCUCGUUUAUUCUGACAUGCAACAUCAUGCAACGGUUGGAAACCUACCUCGGUCGGUCUUACUUCACCUGGCCUAACAUCAUGAGGUAUCUCCUGAAAGCGUGCGUGAGACGGGGGAUGUGCUUGUGUGAUGUGUUGAAACUCGAACUGUUGCCUCUGCGCUGCUGGCUGUCCUGAUUGCUGCUGAAUCGGAGUUGAUGACGCAAUCAGCGGUUUUGCGAAUCGUUGAGUUACCACCGAUGCUCUCAUAGGCAGCAUUUGUAUCUGCUUCUGCUGCUCCGAUGACGUCAUUUGCGGUAUCACUUGCGUUGUAUUGGGCUCUGGAAUGGGACGUUCCUACGGGAGAUUGCAACACUGUGGUCGGUUUCGUAUUCGACGGGAUAAUAGUUGGGUUUUGAAUUUCCCCUGAUACCACUUCCGAAGUCGGUAAAACCUGAACAUUAAGCCAUUGCUUCACUUUGUUUGCGCUGCUCCUGUUCGUAUGAAAACUUCUGCAACUUCCACCGUCGUCUUCUUCAGCCAUACUUCGCAUCACUUCAUACCACUUUGUCAAAAAUUCCUUUUCCAAGCGUUCCUUCUCUUUCAAUUCCUUCUCACAACGUUCCCUCUCCUGCUGGUUUUCCUUCUGUUGGAUGUCCUUCUCCUUUUGAAGUCGUUCAUUGAGCAAAUUUUCAUUAAGCUUCUUCUCUUCCUCAAGUCGCUUAAGCUCCAGCUCGGCCAAUCUUGCUUUGGCACUGGAAGUAGUAGAUUUGCACGAUAAUGCACUACUCGUCAGCUGUUGAGUGUGUGUUGAGCAGUCCUUACAGGCAAAACUACGCUGCUCUAUCGACUCGUUGACACCAGCGCAGGAUAGGUGAAACCAACGCUCACAUUUAUCACAUUCAACUUGUUUCUCCUUCCAGUCCGGUUCAGAGCAUGCAGCACAGUUACGUGGUGUUGUUUGGAGGUUAUUUUGAGGUUCCAACUCCUUUACCUGCUUUGCACCUCGUUUUCCGGAAUUUUUCGAAGCCAUUCGUAGGUUUAUCCCAGAUAGGUUGAUGAAGAGUGGAAGAAAUCUUGAAGUUUGUUGAAACACACGGAAUUUCCACGGGAGAUUAUGGGCAAUCUCAAGAGCAAACACGUUUUUAAUGUGUGUAGCUUCAAGCUGUAAAUUUUUAAUUCAAUCAAUUUUAAUUUGUUUAUAAUUCAAUGUAGUUUUAAUUUAUGACUCACAUUUCUGUCCCCUAAUAUUUAAUUUGUGUAAUUCGUGUGUUCAAUAGUAAAUUUUAUAAAUUUCACUUUUCAAUCUAAUUGUUCACGUCUGCCUAUUGUGUUCUUUAGCUUGUGUUUUGUAUGUCUGAUUGUUUGUCUAUUUUAAUUCGGUUCGCACUGUCAGUCAUGUCACUGUCACCUAGUUUCGACAUUUCGCCUGCCUCAUCGACCCAACGGGGUUCGCUCGCAACACUGGCCAUACAAACUAUUCCGGAAAUCGAUCCUAAGGAAAUCACGAUGACGUAGGGUGCGUUCUGGAGCAUAAAUGUUUUGAUUAGCUAGCAAGAAAGGGGAGUCAAUCUCGUUCCUCAGCAGCUUCGCAACAAACAUGGCUCGUGCUGCAGAUCGCCUGUUUUCCAGAGUAUCUAUUCGCAGCAGGUUACAGCGUUCCUCGUAAGGAGGCAAUUCCCUUGGGUUCCGCCAUGGAAGAUUUCUCAAAGCACGACGUACCAAUUUUCUUUGUACAGAUUCAAUGCGCGCUUUCCAAAUACUGGGGAAAGGGCACCAUACAACAGAAGCAAUUUCCAGGAUAGAACGAAGCAGCGCACAGUGUAGAGAUUUCAAGCUAAGCGGGUCCUUAAAUCCAUUGGUGACCUUCAAAACAACUCCUUGUCAAGCAUUACACCCAAGUCGCGAACUCGUUGAACCUGCUCGAUGGCUUUGCCGGAUAACAUGUAGGAGAAAUUGAUGGGAUUCCGCUUUCUGGUGAACGAUAUAACUUGGCAUUUCUCGAUGCUCAACGUCAUACAAUUUCGUACACACCACGUCUCAAAAAUGUUCAGCAAGCUUUGAAGAUUAUGACAAUCAUUUAUGUCUUCGACAAUAACGUAGACCCUAGAAUCAUCAGCAUUGAAGUUUCUAAGCUCAAACGAACGAUUUAUUUAAUGUUAUUCAUAGUGUCGACACCUACAACAGUUUUAAAUUAUAAUGCCUUCUUCCGAAUCAGCAUGCAUAGAAUCAGUUCUGAAUUUUGAAAAAAAUCAAAAGGCAUUGAAUUAUACUACUUAAAUGUUUAAAACCUGCAGUCCCGACCCUUAUUCAACAAUAAUAACAUAUAGACUGUUUUACUCAGCUAGUUGCGAAUGAAUUUACUGAGAAAUUUGCAAAAUGCAACCAAAAUGAAAGCCGAGACACAAAGCCCAGACAAAAACCCUACGAGUCGUCCGUCUCCGUCAAACCGAUCAGGCACUCGAUGUUUUUCAAAUACCUUGGAGUAUAUUUUUAUUCUAAAUGUACCUGGGGAAUACACAUUGCGUAUUUGAAACAGAAAUGCCAGCAAACAUUCAAUUUUCUCCAAACAAUAACCGGAACAUGGUGGGGCGCCCAUCCAGGAGACCUCAUUCAGUUGUACAAAACAAUGAUAUUAUCAGUGUUAGAAUAUGACAGUUUUUGCUUCCGAUCAGCUGCCAGGAUUCAUAUUCUCAAGCUGGAGAAAAUACAAUAUCGUUGCUUGCGUAUAGCCAUGGGGUGUUUGCAUUCGACACAUACGAUGAGUCUCAAAGUCUUGGAAGGAGUACCCCCGCUUACUCUUCGGUUCACAGAAUUAUCCUACAGAUUCCUCAUCCGUUGCAAGAUCAUGAAUCCAUUGGUGAUUUAUAACUUCGAAAAUCUACUCCAACUGACUCCUCAGUCAAGUUUUAUGUCUUUAUACCAUGAGUACCUUACCCACGACGUGCACCUAUCGCCAGGCAUCUCCAACCAAGUUUGCUUCCCAUACUUUUGCAAUUCCUCUGUCAUUUUUGAUCUGUCCAUGCGACAAAAAAUCCAUGGAACACCAGAUCAUCUGCGCUCCAAUGUUAUUCCGUCGAUAUUUUCGGAAAAAUAUGGGAAAGUUAGAUCUGAUAAAAUGUUCUUUACUGACGGUUCAUUCAUAAAUGGGUCCACUGGCUUCGGCAUCUUCAAUGAAAAUUCCAGUGCCUCUUUCAAACUCAGAGAUCCUUGUUCCGUGUGUGUCGCUGAACUGGGUGCGCUAUACUACGCACUAGGGAUCAUUGAAACAUUGCCCAUCGACCAUUAUUUUAUUUUUUUAGACAGUCUCAGCUCAAUAGAGGCAAUCCGAUCAAUGAAAGUUGAUAAACGCUCAUCUUAUUUCCUAACAAGAAUAAGACAUCUAUUGAGUGAUUUGGUCGAAAAAUUAUUCAAGAUUACCUUAGCAUGGGUUCCCUCUCAUUGCUCGAUUCCGGGGAAUGAGAGAGCGGACUCGCUAGCUAAGGUGGGCGCUUCAGAAGGCACACUUUUUGGAAGGCAAAUUGCUUAUAAUGAAUUUUUUCACAUUCCUCGUCAGGACACACUCGCUAGUUGGCAGCGCAUGUGGAGUGAAGAUGAGUUCGGUCGCUGGUUACACACGAUUAUCCCUAAGGUCUCGACGAGUGCUUGGUUUAAGGGAUUGAAUGUAGGUCGUGAUUUCAUUCGCGUGAUAUCUCGGCUUAUGUCAAAUCAGUACAACCUAAACGCGCAUCUCUAUCGCAUUGGGCUCGCAGCAAACAAUCUUUGUGAUUGUGGCGAUGGCUACCACGACAUCGAACAUAUUGUCUAGUCGUGUAUCCGGUUCCAUGCUGCUCGCUCUCAGCUCUCUAAAGCACUAAGAGCCAAAGGCAGACAAUCGGAUAUCCCCGUCCGGGAUAUCUUAGGUAGCCGUGAUCCUGAUCUUCUGCUUCAUCUAUACCUGUUCCUCAGAAACGCCGAUGUCAACGUUUAAUGAUGCUUCCUUCGUUGUGUCCCUGUUUCAUAUCCCUCCUAUCCGAUCUAUAAACUUUUACUUAGUCGCGGCAAUACAUACACAUACUCUUUACAGAUACACGGGCCAAAGGUUGUGCAGUCCACUGAUCAUUCAACAAGAGCCAAAGGUUGUACCGCUCAUGACAACUCUACACGAGCUGAUGUUUGUGCCGGCUAGUGACCAUUCUAUCCUGGAUUCCUCGAGUCAAGAAGACGCACCACGCUAGAUAUGGAGUGGAGACAGGAGACAGCAAAAUCACAAUUACGAAAACACUUGUAAUACUAACCUCGAGCCAACCGCGAGUAAUCGGUUACAUAUUACUAACAUAGUUAUAAGGCAAACACUGUCGAAAUAUUGAUCUCCCGGCCCCGUUAGGCUGACGCCAUAUGAACCUUAAUAAAAAUAUAUAUUUUUGGAUAAAAAAAAAAUAUUUUCUACAAAUCCUGCCGGUCGUUUUCGUUGAACGUAUGCUGACGGGUCGUUACGUUGCCGGUGUAUGUGACGUGAACGUAACGUGGAUGUUGUAUGUGAAUCGCACUUUAUUCUUUUCAACAAAUCCUGCUGGUCGUUUUCAUUGAACGUAUGCUGACGGGUCGUUACGUUGCCGGUGUAUGUGAAUGUUUUCAUAAGAAUUGCAUGGUAGAAUAAUUGACGUAACGUGACGUGAUGGGACGUGAACGUGACGUGGAUGUUGUAUGUGAGUCUAGUGAUCCCCGAUUUUUGAAAUUAAUCGUUCAUCAGCUAAUCGAAUAGUUUUCAGCAGUUUGUUAUUCGAUACGAUUAAUCGCCCCAAAUAAUCGAUUAAUCGAUUAAUCGCAACACUGAGAUAAAUAAUUAGUUAGACUAAUAUUUCUCAUUUGCUAGAAUGCCAUCUGUAAUAAAAAGUAGGCGCCUCCUACUCGAUUGCCAUGCAGCUUGCCGGUGAGAGAACGAAUCGGGCGCGAAAAAGAAAUGACGUCAAUUUCGACCAAUCAGGACUGGGUAUCUCUGCUUGGAUAGGGGUUGAAUUUUUUCAAUUAUUUUAUAUUUUAUUCAAUGUGAAAAAUUGUUAUGGAGUGCCGUAAUCGUUUGAUGCAAAAAUCUCAUCAAUCCAUCAUGAAAUGAAUGAGUAACAAGCGUUUGAAAUUGGACAUUUUUCACGAUGCGAUCGAUUUUCAUUUUUCAAUUUGUACCCCAAUAUGUUCCCGAAAGACGUAAUCCUACGUCAAAAAAAUGUUCACUCCGCCUGAAAUCCAAUUAUUACCUUUUUCGCUCUCCUAAAGUCGUAAACAAAGCUCUAUUAGCGUUGAAGCUUUUGAGCUUCGUUUACAGUUAAGGGGAGCGUCAAAGAUAAUGAUUGAUUUUCAGGAUAAAACUGCAGCGGCCGUACGUUUUUUUCUCUCUGCGUUUGGAUGAUUAAUCGACGUAAAUUAUUCGUUCGCUUCGAUUAUUGGUUGUGCAGUAUUCGUUCGAUUAAUAAUCGAUUUCUGUAGGAAGUAUUCGAUUAAUCGAUUAAUCGAACGAUUAUCGGGGAUCACUAUGUGAGUCACACUUAAGUGAUAGAAAUAUAAACCAAUGUUUUGCAUCCUCGUUUCAUUUUGGUUUUCUUUACGAUCAAGAACGCUUGUGUACACGGGUAGCCAAGUUCCUCAUGAUUUUCAUACUUUCCAUACGUUUCUUUAAUUGAACUAUAGUCUGGGCUAAUAAGGAUAGUAGGGGCGCUUCACUUUUUUUUUCUUUUUGAAAUAUUAGGUUGUGCAAUGCACGAGGUGCAAAUAUGGACGAGACGCCACUGUUUAUUAGUGUAUCAAAAACAUAGUUAAUACAAAAAAUAUAGAAGUCGAAAUGCUACUCAGUUGUUUUUUAAUUUUGAGAUUUUACAUUGAAGAAAAACAGAUGCACGUUAUUUUUCGAAUGUUCUUAUAUAUUUAUGUAUAGUUGAAAAAUUAUUCUAAUGAUUAUAACUCUCAUU